AUGGCGACCCCCGGCCCGAAGGAGGCAACGCCCAGCGACACGCAGCAGGGCGAGGAAAUACCCGUGGAGGGCACGACGGAGGAAGCCAUAACGAUCGUUGACACAAGCAAAACAGCUGUGGAGACUAUGGAGAGUGAGGCGGCGAAUAUGGAGCAGGUGACGGAGACGACGAUUAAAGAGCAAACGGUUGAAGAGCAAACAGAAGAAUUUGAGGCUGUUAGCGCCGAGGUCGUCGAAGAGAUCGCCAAGUCCAUCGCUGCCCAUGACGCCGCCGUGGAGAUCGACUACUCCGUGGCUGCCACUCUGGGGAGUUCCGUUGACGGGGAGAGUGUCAAAACGGAAGAUUUCGCGGGAGAGGAGGCGUUCAUAGAAGAGAGUAGUAAGAAGGCGGAGGUGGACCUCGCUGCACUUGCUGCUGCCGAUGAAACUGCUGAGCUGGAACGUGAGGAGCACGUGGGCACCUCGGUAGAGACCACAGAAACCAAAGAUACGUCGGAGAUGAAAGACGACAUGCAAGGAACAGCCAACGCGUCGUCGGAGAUCUCGGACGCCGAUGUGAACGCUACAAUUGACACUGGGUCUGAAAUGGACUUCUCCGUCGCUGCUACGGUGGGCAGCUCCGUUGACGCCGAUAGUGUGUUUAGUCUUGACGAAAUGCGGGAUUCAACGAACGAAGACGAGACUACUUCAUCUGUCAAUUCUAAUGAAGUAACAUCGUCUGAAGUAGCAGCUGAGUCGACAGAGCUUCAUAUAAGCCACACGUUGGAGACGGACGAGCCCGAGUCGGAGAAGACGCCACCGAAGUCUGUGAUAUCCGACAACCCAGAAGCGCACCGUACGGAUUCGGCAGCGAAACUGGCACAUCAAGUUCCCUCACCUGUGCACAGCAUCGUGCAUCAUCUUGAAGAGCACGAACAAGUCGCCCCUACAACUCACCGCACUGCGUCGGCUGCGAAACUGGAUGUAAGCGGCUCGUCGCCAGUGAAACAAGUGCCAAGGAACGACCCAAAUCGCCCGCGAAACCGACCAAGAAGGGCUCGGUGA